AUGAGCAUCUGCAGGUCGGAGGAGGACGAACAGGCGGUGACAGUGACGGACAUUGGGCCAUGCCACGCGUUAGCCACCGAAUGUCAUCACGCCCACGUGAUACUUUUCUGCCCCGAAAGUCAUUUCGCCCGGUCGUCGUCUUCGUGCCUUCGUGUGUUUGCGUUUUGUCCGUUCGCAACAUACGCUCGCCGACCACCACCUUACCCAUCCACUCUCAGGCGUGCUACUCGACAAAAGCGUCUCUUAUUGAUGCUCUUGACGAUUCUUACGUCGGUUGCCUUCCUGGCCCUUCGGGUCACCGGCCGCCCAGUCCCUGAAGACAUAUACGCUCAGGACAGUGAGAAUAGUGGAUUCGCGCCCAUCUCCCCUCGAGGUGUCGCCCAAGCUGCAUUUCAGCUGCUCAGGGAGGGCUCCUUUGAGGCUGGCCAUCCCAGCCAUAGCGAUAAUCUGCAAGACUCUCAGAAGACCUUCGCAGACCAUGUCGAUGCCGCCAUCGUAGAUGCACCCACUUCCGGGGCCAUCGAAAAACAUGUGUUCCCCACUGACAGCUCCGUCAGCCCCGAAUUUAUCAAAGAGACAUCAGCCAGUAGCGACGCAGGGGCCAUUCCGGAGCAUGCACUUGAACCCACUGAAGCCAAUCAGGGCGGCGCACUGCCAACCCCUGCGCUUCUCUUUGUCCUAACUUUAUCCUCGGUCGCCGCCUUCCUUGCACUUGCUUGCGUCUCCGCCGUAUUCUACACCAUCAAAAUAGUUCGCUCGCGAGUCUACGCGUCAAGGAACUUUUGGGAAGUGUUGCAAAGGUCUAGCCAGCAUGCACAGUCGUCAGCACGGCGACCCUUGUCGGCUGACUGCAUGUCAGAGCAUGUCUACGAUGACAAGUGCGCUCCUCUCAUCCUGAUCGCUACCGAAGUGGAACAGAGCGUCCUCGUUUCGAGACCGUCUCCCCUGAUUGCUUUGGACGACGACGAACCACCUCUCAUCUCUUUUGACGAAGUUGUGAUCCGUCUACCCGUAAAUGCGGACUCGGAUUCGGAUUCGGACUCGGACUACUUCUCAGACGCCGAGGACGCCGAGGACUUUGAUCACGAAAAGUUCCACGACGCACUGGACAGCACACCUGCAAUCCCGCCCCGCGACCUUCCCCCCAUCGUCGCCGAAGACGUGCCGCCGCCCACCGCACUUCUGCAGCUCCCCAUCCCAAGCCGCGUGCAUACCCUUUCUCCACUCCCCUGCGAGAUGCGUGAGCUUGCCUCGCCCGCUCCGGUCACCCGCCCCUCUUGGUCCAAUCGCGCCGCGGACGCACCUACCCUCGGACUCAUCAGCCAGCCUCGUGCUAGCGCUAGUGUUCGACCUAGCCUUCCCAAGGCGCCCGCGCUUGUCCAUCCGCGCCGUCGCGCCUAUCGUCACGCGAUGCCUGAACUCGACUUUGCCUUGGCGAUGCAGCUUCGGCCUGGUCUUGGUCUUGGCGCCGACCCCGCGUGGAUGGUCCGUUUCCUGAUGACCAUGUUCGGGUGGUUCGCUGUCGCCCUCACUAGCUCGCGCUAAGGCUAGCAUCCUUUUGGGAGCUCGCUCAACCCCGCGAAUACGGCCGAUUCGCAGAUGCUGCCAUCAGUCAAAGCAAAGGCCAAAACAUACCCGUCACUUUCGACGCAAAUUCCAAGACCUGGUAUCGAAUCUAGCAGUCUGGAUGUACAUAUAUGAUGCGCUCUCUUUACGACCUUUCAUGUCCUCAAUCGUUUGCCUUUUCUCAAUCUUCUUCUGGAACUCUGGAACUCUGGAUAUCGGAUUCUUAUUUAUACGCACUGGCGGAGCCUCUGCGCGCCAUUAUCCACCAUUGCUCCUAUAACCCCAUCAUACCACUCCCUCUUUCGUUCUUUCCUUUCCUGCGACCGUGUUUACGCGCCGCAUAUCACCAUCGAUUCCCCAUUCUUUGUGUUUCCC